AUGAAUACCCGGUCAUCGAGACAAUAUCGACGCGUGGGCAUCGCUUGUGACAACUGCCGUCGGAAGAAGACUCGGUGCCCAGGCCAAAAACCGAGAUGUUCUACCUGUGCACGUUUGGACCAAAGAUGCUUGUAUGAUGGCAAUGAGAAUGACGCGGAGCAACCUUCAAAUGAGGAUGUGAUCAGCCGCCUUCGACUGCUUGAGGCACAGCUCAACACUCUGAAUGAUAAGUUCGAACUUGGACCAGCAAAGGAUGCGACACCAAGCUCAGCGGCUGGUCCGAGAACUAGUUUACCUGGUUCAGCGUGUCCUGCAACGCCAGUAUCAACACUACAGACGAGCCAUGUGCGAAAAGCAUUUGAAGUAUACUUUGAGCGUAUCCAUCGUCAACCCUUGUGGCUUUUCGAAUCGAGCGUCUCUCCGCCUCCCGAUACGUCCGAGGAACUGACUUAUGCCAUACUUGCCUUGAGUCUUUCCUAUUCUCCCAGAGAAUUCAACGACCCAGGUUUGCAGAGUGCUACCUACUAUUAUGACCAAGCUAGGCGACGAAUCAUGCUCGAUAUAGCAGAAGGAAAUUCGGAUUUACAAAGCAUUAAAGUACUUUGCUUACUGUCAUUUUUCAACGUGAUUUCGGGCAAUAUCCCCCUUGCCGGUCUGAAUAUGUCAUUUGCCCAAAAUCUCAUGCAAUAUGCAACUAUCACUUCAGAUUCUUCGGAUAGCGUGUACAGUCUCGACGAAAGGCCACGCAUAUUCUGGAGUCUCGCAUUGCUGAACAGAUUUUAUGGUCCCCCGAUUCUGAUUCCGGUUUUGGCGGAUGGCAUCAAGAGCUCAUGUUUCUCAACGGCGGAAUCGAGGAAUGGUAAGACAGCCUGCCCACCAGUUCCUCUGGAGAAUGGGGGUAACUUGUUUGGCGUUUGGGCACAUUGUGCACGACUUGGCAGUUUGUGGGGUGAUGUCAGAGUAUUCAUUUCCAGAUGCAUGGAGGGGUCUACGGAAGCUCCAUGGAACAUCAACUCUGACUACCACGCCCUCUAUUCACGCUCUUUAGAUCUUGAAGUAACCCACCGAACGGAGUUGAGUUACAAUAAUGUACGGUUUGCAGAGUUAUCUAAAGAGGAGGUGCAGAGGGACCGACACGACUGGCUCCCCUGGUUGCGAAUGCAGGUUGCAUACCAUACUAUUCUCUGUAUGCUCAAUCACCCAUUUCUCUUCUCGUCCAAGGUUUCGAAACAGAAAUUCGGCAAGACUACAUUUUGGAGAGAGUCUUCGGAAAAAGCGCUCCGACAUUGUAAUUGGGUGUCCCGGCUUCUAAGAUUACCUAGAGAGAAACAGCUGCAGAUCGAUGACCCAUUCUUCGCUCAGGCAGCAGGCAUUGCGGCGACAUUGAAUCUAUACUGGGCGCGUGUGAACGAUUCUAGUGUGAGAACGAGAGCCUUGGAGAAUCUCGAAAUCUGUCAAACAGUCAUAUUCGAAAUGGCCACAUACCUACCGGUUUGUGCAACUAUUGAGCAAUCCCUAAAUUUGUUCAAAAACUUUGUAACACCAUCGCCAAUCCAAGCUGAACGCCUCGGAUCGACCAAGGCGAAGCCUACAAUGGCUCUCAAGUGGCUACUUCUUGACAUCGCCGCGCCCCAGUUUCCGCACUACGCCAGCGAGUCUCAAUGUGGCACCACAGAAGAUGGCCAUGAUGAGAUCAUGCUGAACAGCUCAGACAUUGGAACACCUCCGGCGAGAAUCCGGGAGUCGACGGGACAUUACGCUUCGCCGCCUGAGUGGAUGUCAUCACAAACAGACGAGACACCAGUAUCAGGACCACGUUCACACUUGUCAGUGGCACAGCAAGAAGCAUUCCACCAGUCUUUCAACAGAAUGAUGUCAGAUGGGCAGUAUGACCAAACUGACUUUAAUUUGGCUUGGGGUCCUUGGGGACAAGUUGGGAAUGUUGGAGACAGUUUUGGGCCAGGGCUGGAAUGGUGGGAUUUCACUACCUUGUGA